AUGAAUUCUACACUAGAAGAAGUUGUUGAGGAAACUUGGGCUAAUGAAGAUUGGAUGGUUCCGUAUCUUUUCUUUUUAUUGAGUAUGGGAACAAUCGGAAACAGUUUUGGUUUGAUUUUAUUUCGGCUCUACUCCAUGCGUAAAUAUUCGUGUUCGUUGUACUUUUCCCUCAUGGCUAUAUUCGAUGAAUUAAGUUUAAUUUGGUGGAUAACUAAUCGUUUAACUAGUCAUUUAACUGAGACUGCACUUCGAAAUCAAUCGACAGCGCUGUGUAAACUAUUCGCAGUUGUUUAUUACAGUUCGUCGCAAGCGUCGAUCGGAAUGAUAGUCUUAGCCAUGUUCGAUCGAUUGUAUACAACUUUUAAAAUAGCUCAUGGUUAUUUCAAUAGUCUUGUGCUCACGCGUCGACAACAUUUUCAACAUAUUUGUUUAGGUGUAUAUUUCUUUAUGCUUAUCGGAUUGAAUUCUCUACUUUUCGGUUCUCAACUGAUCGAAGCACCUGAAAAUAAUGAAGAAUAUUGUGUCAUUAUCGACCCGUACUUUACUCGUAUCUAUUCAAUUAUCGACUUAUGCAUCUACGCUCUUAUACCAUGUAUUUGUAUGCUUGUUGGUGAUAUACUGAUAUUGCAUUACAUUCGAAAAUCACGAGCACGUGUCACCUCGAUCAAUACGAUUAACAAACGGCAUGAAACUCAAUUAUCCAUCAUGCUUGUCAUUACAUCGAUUGUUUCGCUAUUUAUUGUAAGUCCAUACAGCUGUCUAAAUCUGUUGAUUAAUUUUUCGAAUAUCCUCAAUAAUGAUUAUCGAACAUUGUACACUCUCAAUGAUGCGUUCGGUCUUCUAUCAACGUUUACGCAUGCCAUGCACUUUUAUCUCUUUCUAAUGAUUAGCAGUACGAUUCGUAAGCAAUUUCGAGCUAUUUUAAACUCAGCAUUUGCUACGUGUUCAAAUGGGAGAAAUCCUUUUCGAUCAGUGAUAAUCACGCCGGUGAAAACAACAACAUCAUCUCAACUGACAGUCAAUGUCGUACAUCGUCUACCAAAUGAACAAAUACAAUAG